GUAAGUACAUUCAGCCAUUAUACGUAAAUAGAUUCCAAACACAAACUAUAGGCCUCCCAACGCUAGGCACAACAAUCGAAGUCAAAUUGAUUCCGGAAAUUAAACUUUUAGCUCUAGUCAAGGCAGAAAACCUGGGAAAAUAUUGCGAUUUAGGUCAAGUUAGCUUAAAGUGCGAGUAAUGGAUAAUAAAAGUCAAAGGCAAGUUGGGGAAUGGAUAAGAGAAUGCAUAGCAGUGAUUGAUGAUAUGCGGAAGAGAAAGAAAGAGCUGCUGAAGGAGAUGAAGGAUGAAGAAGAAGAGGGUCGUCAUGUCCAUAAUGAGAUUAGGAGUCUAACUGACAGACUGAUGAACAUCAAUAAAAGCCUUAGUGAGAAAAUGGAAGCCAGGGUUCAGUUUGACCGAGCAAUAGAAAAUACUGAAUCAUCUUACAAAAGGCUUCUCGAAGCGUCUGAAAUGAUGAUCCAAGGCGUUAGGCAUAACUACAAAAUACUAGGAGAAGAGAUGCCAGAGGCCUCUAGCGAGGACCACGAUACAUUACACAAUUUUCCGUCAAGAGCAUCUCGGAUGUCUAGGCUCAAUACAAACAUUUCAAGAAAUGACACUUUAUUAUCAAGGAAUCCGACAAACGUAACGAGGAACAACACAAAUACGUCUAGUAAACGAGCCUCUCGGAGUAACUCGAAAACGUAACUGAAUGUGAAAUUGUAACCUCAGACCAAAUGCAUAAUUUAAUAUUCAGUUUAACAUGAUUUUUAGGUUAAAU